CUGCGAAGCUGAACACCAGUAAAGAUGGAUAACUUGCAAGAGAUGUCCGAUGUUCUGAGGAGAGUAUCCUUGAUCUCCAUAACGAAACCUGAUGGUUUGGUGGAUAAGUUAAGUAAAGACAAACACAAGCCCAAGGAUACUUUGUACAUGGUACACACUUUAAGUUUACUAUUUGGUGCGCUCAAUGCGCUUCCUUUGACUUUCUUCAUGACAGCUAACGAUUACUGGAUGUAUAAAUUUAGAGACCCUGCAAAGGACACGGUAGAUCUGAAUAAUAAGACGACCCUUGAAAAAUAUUUCGUGUCAGGAAGUCUGAUAUUCCAAACUCUACCCUCUAUAGCGACUAUGUUACUAGCGACAACUUUCGGACAUAGAUUUAAAUGUAGUUUCUUAGAAAAUGAGGGGGAUUAUUUUGCUCACGGGGAUCAUUUCACCCAUGUCUCUAAUACCUAA